AUGGAGGCCAGCGGCCGGCUGGCGUCCCGCGGGUCGUCGCGCGGGCACUCCUCUCUCUGCUCUGCGCCUUCGUCGGGGAGCAGCGGAGCUCGGGGGGGAGAGACGUCUAGUCACUCCUCCAGUCUCGCCUCCGCACAGGCUUCCACCAUCUCAACUUCGCUGCCGUCGCGCAGCGAAGGCGACAGGCCGCUCCCCAGUCGCACAACCAGCCUCGGCGGCAAAUCGGACAGGCUGCAUCGGCUCGAGCAGCGGCUGUCGGGGCUCCACGCAGGGCUGGAGAAGCAGAGACAGCAGCGCUAUCAGCACCUGAUUGAAAAGCUAAAUCACGUGGAAGAUGACGUGGCGGAGGUCAGCGAGGCGAACACAGAGGCCCAAUCGCUUUUCCGCGACGAGCUGAAGAAGAUCGAGGGCGACCUGCGAGACCGGCAGAGCGAGCUGGAGGCUGACCUCGCGCGCCGUGAGCAGCAAGCGCAGGAGAUGGAGCGGAGGUUGACGCGCAUGCUGCAGACCGAGCAGGAGGCGUUGCGGGACGUUGAGAACUCGCUGAUGAACGCCUUCACAGAAAAAACCAAGGCGCUGAGAGAGGAAAUUCUUCAGAGUGGGCAGCUGCGGCAGGAGCAAGAGGCUUCCCUCCGGCACUACUGCGAGGUUGAGAUUCCGCGGCUGCGCGACGGACUUCAAGAAGAAAUGCGACAGAGAGAAAACAUGGAGCGGCGGAUUCUGAAGCACGCGGCGGAGGAAGUGGAGCGUCUGAGCGCGCAGUUGGCCGCCGAGAGAGAGUCGCGGGAGCGCCACCUUCAGUCGCUGCUGUCACUGUUCGAGGAAGUGGUGCGCGAAGUGCAGCGCGACAUUUCGCGGGAGAAGGAAGACCGAGAGAAGAUGCAGGAAGACCUAGUUCACCUGAUGGAGCAGACAAUCGACCGAAUCACAACUUCCAUCUAA